AUGUAUUUUUACUUUUUUCAGAAUAAAUUGCCAUUUUUGGAAGAUGUUAAGAAUCCAUGUUGGUACGAAGGAAUUUCAGUCCAAAAAUUAAAGUUACGUUGCCUGCCCUAUUUUGUCAUAUUGGGAUGUGCCAAGUGUGCCACGACAGACCUAUAUUCACGUUUGGUAGAACAUCAACAUAUUCUAAAGAAUGAGGCUUUCAUGGAAAAAGAGGCUUUAUAUUGGUCUUGGAAGAAAUAUGGUAUGAUAUCACGGAUACUCAACUUUAAGUCUUUGCCAGUUGAAAGUUUUGAAGAGUUCACAUCUUAUUUUAAUCCGCUGUCUACCUCCCUUACCAAAUUAAUCAACGAGAAAUCCAAACUUGUACAUCAACUUAUCAUAGGUGAUGCUAGUCCUCCAGACUUCUGGGAUUUUCGAGCCUGGCCACUUCUACCACAGAAUGAUGGAUUGAGGGAACCAGCAGUCUUUACACCACACCUGAUGCAAUAUAUCUACAGAAAUCCUAAAUUCAUUCUCCUCUUUAGAAAUCCAACUGACAGAUUAUAUUCGGACUAUUUUUUUCUGAAGCAAGGAAACACACCAGAAAGUUUCCAUGAGGCAGUGGUCACUUCCAUAGCAGCCAUCCAUGAAUGUCUCUCCAGUCACAGUGAAAGAUAUUGUUUCUUCAGCUCCAAGUUAUUUUCAAAAUUAAAGUGCCGAAUUCAUUUUGGUUGUUAUUCCAUCUUCCUGAAAGAGUGGUUCCGUGUUUUUAAGCGUGACCAAUUUUAUAUCGCUCGUACGGAGGACUAUUCUGAGGACAUUGAAACACAUAUCGAGCAAAUUUUCAAAUUUCUCGAAGUCGAACCCAUCAGCAAAUCAAAAAUGAAUAAAAUCGAAUCUCAAAAAAGAUCUCGUGUUACGAAGUCAAAAAAGAGAUCGUCUCCAAUGCUGUUAAAGACUCAAAAAAUUCUCGAUAAAUUUUACGAAAGAUACAAUCAACAGUUGGCCAAAUUACUGCAGAACGCUAACUUUGUGUGGUCUGAAUCCAAUGUGUUCAAUCAAAAACAAUUAAAAUGGGAUAAGACAUAA